ACAGUCAUGUCUAUGUCAAAUUAUUAAUUAUCAAUUCUUCAUUCUAUUUCAUCAUUAAAACUCAUUGCUGAACUCAACUAAAAUUUUCUAAAUUAUGAGUGACGAACUUAUAACUACAGCUUCAGCUUCAGCUCCAGCUCCAGCUUCAGCUCCAGCUCCAGCUCCGUCUCCGUCUCCGUCUGAGUUCCCUCAUCCUCAAGUUAUAUUUCAUGAAUCACCUUCUCCACUUUCUUCAACUCCUCCAUCACCUCAAUUAUCUUCAUCAGCUUCUUCAACUAUAAAUCCUAUUCGUGAUGAAAAGCCUUCAUUUAAUUAUGAUUUAGAAUUAUUUAAUAUCUUUAAACAUUAUCUCGAUACAAAAAAUCAUCAUGGAUUAGCCUUACUUGCUCGACAAAAGGGAGUCCCACCAUUUCUUCGAUUUAAAAUAUGGCCUAUUUUAUUAAAAUAUCAUCCAUUUGUAUUAAAUCCAUUCAUUCAACCAGAUGAAGAAUUAACUCAUAGUAGUAGUUCAAGAUCAAGUUCUAAUAGUACAUCUCAUACUAAUGAUAUUAAUAAUAAUUCUACUUCUACAUCUACUUCUUCAAAUAAUAGUAGUAAUGAAGAAGCAAUUAUUGAUGAUGAUGAAGAAGAAAUUAAAUUCAAAAUUAAAAAGGAUUUAAGAAAAUAUAUUCAAAGAUUGAAAUAUUCUUCUAAUAUAAAUUUAUCAUCAACUGAAAAAUCUAUAUUUAAUGUAUUGGAGAAUUCUAUUUUAAAAUUUAGUCUUAAAUGGGGUAAAAUUAUUAAAUAUGAUUCAUCUUUAACUUGGAUAGCUCUUAAUUUGGCUGAAUGGUUUCCUCCAGUAUCUAAAACAAGUUUAGUAUUAAUGGGUCGUGAUCAUUCUUCUUCAUCUAAUUCAUUAUUUAUUGAUUUAUUUGAUGAUUAUUCAAAUUAUAUCGAUAGUUUACCUUGGUUAAAAGGUUAUUUAAAUGAAUUAGUUCAAGAUGAGAAAAUCUCGAGCUUAUCAUUUCAUGAUGUCUAUGAACGAUUGGUUUUAGUAUUAUUGCAUUGUCCACCUCAAAGUAAGAAUAAAAAGAGUGACGAAGAUAAAGAACAUUCUAAUUCUAAUGCUAAUGAUAAUUCCAAUACACACACAAAUACACACACAAAUUCAACUUCUGGAUCAGACUCAUCUAGUAAAUCUCGAAGACAUUUCACUCAUAAAGUUAAUAAAUCAUUAUUACCAAUAAAUGGUGGAACUAUAGAAGAACGAGUGUCGUUUUUCAUUUAUAGUUUAAGAAAAGUAUUACCAGAAUUAUCACAAUUCUUUCAUGAAGAACAAAUUCUUACCAAAUUUGGAUCUCAUGAUGAUGAAUGGUUAAUUUGGUGGUUAAAAUUUUGUGGUUCAAAAGUAUGGUCUAAAUUUGAUAGAGGUAGAAUAUGGGAUUUAUUAUUAGGUUGGAGAAUUAAGAAUCCCAAGAAAGAUUUACAAUAUUAUUAUGAUAAAUUAGAAAUUAUUGAUAAUAGUUUUCUUACUAAAUUGGGUCCUGAUAUCUUUUGGUCAUUAAGUGGUGAAGAUGAUUCAACAAGUAUUGAUAAGAGUCCUUCAAAUGUUACAUUAUCAGGUUUAGGAGGGGGUAGAAGAAAUUCACUUAAAGAUUUAGUAUCUCAAUUAAAUAAUGAUUUAUUUAUAACUCCAGUGACAGUACCAACUCCAGCCAAUUCUAAUACCAAUACAAAUUCUAAUUCUAAUUCUAAAUCUAGUGAAUUUGAAAUUGAACAAUCAAGACGUACAUCAUCAUCUUCAGCUAAUUCAAGAUGUUCAGUAAAUUCAAAUAAUCUGGAUAUUUCAAAUAGUACAGAUUCAAGUAUAAGUUCACCCACUUCAACUCCAAUUAAUUUAUUACCCAUACCAUUUUCAAGAUUAGAUGCACAUGUUGAAUUAAUCUUUGUAUCUUUAGCACUUUUAAAAUCAAAGGAAAAUUUAUUAGUAGAAUUAGAUCAACAUGAAAUUAGACAAAUUUUAUCAAGAUUACCUACCAAAUCAAUUAAGUAUAAACAUAAAAAACAUCAUACACAUCAACAUGGUAAUAAUAUUAGUCCUCAACCUCAUCAUUAUACUGAUACUACAGCUACUUCUACGACUACAUCUACUUCAACUUCAGAAGUUUCUUCAACUUCAACAUCUCCUAAGGCAGAUAUAAUGUCUCCUUUAAUGACCCCUCAUAAACAUGAAAAUAUAAUUAUUUCCAAUGAUUCUAUUAAUAAUCAUAAAGUUAAUUUUAUCGAUAAUAUCAUUUCUGAAGCCGGUGAAUUAUGGAGGAAAUGGUUAUGGUUAGAAAUGGUGGAAGAUAAUUAGGAUAAUCAUAUUAAUACGAAUUUUAUUAGCUUAUUUGUUAUUCCUCUCUAUAGGCUCCUUAUGUACAUUAGUUCUAUAAAGUUAAAUAUAUAUGUCUAGACGAAAUAGUGAGGGUUAGUGAGAGUUAGUGAGUGAG